CUCCCUCCCUUCAUCCCAGCCACAGUCCCUGCAUUAUGGCGAUACUCUCAAACACAAUCCCUGUAUACGUGGCGUUCCUCUUCAUUCUCAAAUAUGUAUCUAAAACUGCAGGCAGUGGACUAUCUUCAGAGAGUUCAUCCAGACUUUUACCGCCUUACGAUGAGCUCUAUUACCGCGGGGUUCGGGCGUAUUUUAGGGAGGACUGGGAGCGCGCGGCGGAGUUCCUGGAGAAAUCCAUUUCCACGCGAGACAUGCUCCUGCGGACCAGGCGAAAAUGUCACGAUGAGUGUUUAACAAUAGGAGAUGAAAAAUUCUCCAAACUAGACAGAGCGGAUGUUAGUCUCUGGGACCUGGGGGUGCUAGAAUGGAUGCAGUUGCGGGCCGAGUGUGUGAGGUUCUGCAUGGGUCGAAGUGUUUCUCCUGCUGCUCUGCUCCCAGUAUCUUCAGACAUCGAGUAUGAAUUUGAAACACGCAACCCUUACAACUACCUGCAAGUCACCUACUAUAAGUUGGGAAAAAUGGACAAAGCAGCUUCAGCAGCUCACACGUUCUUUGUGGCCAAUCCGAGUCACCUGGAGAUGAGGAACAACAUUGAGAAGUACAGGAGGAUGAUAGGAGUGAAAGAUGAAUCCUUCCAGGACAGAGAGAGAGAGCAGGAGCAACACUGGGAGAUGUACGAUGCAGCUAUCCUGGCUGAGAGCUCAUCUGAUUGGGUAAAGGCUGUGAAGAAGUGGAAGGAGUGUGUGAAUGGGACUCUCAAGCAGACGGAAGAGUGCAGAGCUCAGUGUGUGAUGGCGCCACAGGUCUUUCCGGAGGAGACGGACACUGCACGUGGAGUUUACGAGAGAGCUGCAGACCUCUCUCUCUCCUUGCUUUCAUGCAAACAGAUGUGCGUGACCUUAGUGUCAACGCGACCUGGAAGGGUUUCUGCUCUGGAAGACUUUCUGCCCUUACAGCUCGAGCAUCUACAUAUUGCACAGUUUAAAGCUGGUGACCUGAAGGGGGCGGUGGAGACCCUGCGCUCCUUGAUGCUCUUUUACCCCACUGAUUCAGACUCCCUUAGUAACCUGGAGCUCUACUCUCAGGCUCUAGAGGGCGACACGGAGGCUCAGGAAACAGGCCCUUUGCAGGAAAUUGCUAAGUAUGUCAGCAGAGCUUUGGAAGAGAAGAGCCUGCUGUACUUUGGGAUGGCAAACUUGGACUUUAAAUUCAGUGACCCGGAUCUGUGGACACCCGAGGACGUUGUGCCCGAAGCUCUGCGAGAAACCUGGAGAGCAGAGAAAGAGCGGCUUCAUGAGAAACUGAAGCAGGGCCAGAAAGUGGAAGAAGUGGAUGAAAGUGGAUUUUAUGCAGGUGGUCCUGUUCCUGUGGUUGGCGUAACAAUCACAAUGGAUGAUCAGGGGCUGAACGGGACCAACCGUGUGGUGUUGGAUGGAGUUUUAUCCCAAUCUGAAUGUGAUCGAGUGAUGCAGCUGGCUGCCGCUGCCGCAUCAGUGGGUGAUGGCUACCAGGGGCGGCGCUCUCCUCACACGCCGCAUGAGAAGUUUGAGGGUUUGACUGUUCUCAGAGCACUAAAGUUGGCGCAGGAUGGGCAGGUCAACCAAUCAGAUGCCAGGCUGCUGCAUGAGAUCGGGGAGACCGUAAAAGUUCUGAUGGACUCAUACUUCAGAAGUCACUCUCCUCUCUACUUCGCUUACACACACUUGGUGUGCCGCUCCGCCAUCCCAGGAAAGCAAGAGGGGAGAUCAGAUCUUUCUCACCCAGUUCAUGUGGAUAACUGCAUCCUGGAGCCAGAAACCAGGCAGUGCUGGAGAGAAGCUCCUGCUUUCACGCAUCGAGAUCUCAGUGCAGUUGUUUACCUGAAUGAUGAUUUUGAAGGAGGUGAUUUCUUCUUCACUGAUCGAGACACCAAAACAGUCACCGCAAAGGUUAAGCCUAGGUGUGGGCGACUUGUUGGAUUUACAUCAGGACCUGUCAAUCCACACGGUGUUACUGCAGUAACGGAGGGUCGACGAUGUGCACUGGCACUCUGGUUCACUACAGAAAAGCUCCACAGAGAUAUGGAACGUGAGGAAGCUGAAGCCUUAUGGACAGCUGAUGGACAGAGUGUAGUAAAAGAGGACAAGGGGGAUACUGAGAGCGCCUUGAAAUCUGCCCGCAGUGGGAGAAGCCAAGGCAAAGAGAGGAGCAAAGAGAGAGAUCGAGUGACAGGCAGACGAGAUGAACUGUAAAAAUGACAGAUGAAUGAAAAUAUCAGAAAAUUGACAUCCAUGGACAUGAAAUGCCAUGCUGCUUGUUCACCUUGUCAUGAACCUGUUCAACAUCUGUGUGUGUGUGACUCCCCUCCCCCUUGGAGUAUUUUUAAAAUAAAUCAUGUACACACAAGACAUUCAAAAUCACAUAAACGCUAAUUUAUUUUACAUGUUGUGGCUUGGCUAAUCGGCAUUUUUGCGUGAAAUUGCAUCCACACCACUAGGUGUCAGUAUAAAUCCAAAACCAUAUUGAUCAUAUCGAUCAAUGCAGCAAACUAAAAAUUAUUGUCUGCACAUUUAUCAUUCAUUUAUUAUUGUUUCAGAGAAUCAAAACCAAGAGGAAAAAAAACAUAGAUUUAGACAACGGUACAUUAAAACAAGUGAGUAGAGCGAGGGAGGAUGGGAGGUGUGGCACAUUAGCACUGAUGGAACGAGUGAGAGAGAAAAAGAGGGAGGGAUUGGGAGAGAGGCGGAGAGCGAGAUUAUAGAUAAUCCCUCGUAAAUGAGUGCAUUUGUUUAUGAAGCUUACAAAUCUCCCAUUUAGAGUAUGGAAUAAUAAUCCAGGCAAGAAAUCAUGUAAUCAUUCAUACCCGACUCCCAAUUUCAACAUGACGCCCUUCGAUUAAAUCCAAACCCUAAUAUCUCUGAACCUCCUCUAAUGCACCAACAAGAAGAGUCUUGCCAUACUUACAGCGGUCAUUGAUCUUCUGUAUGCGUUAAUCUACUUUGCGCUGUAAAAUAGAGUGUGGAAUGGCUAAUGGUGGAAAAGGUGUUUAUAUGAUCCUAUGGGUCUGAUCCUUUGGCCUGGAAAACAGUUAAGAGUUUAAGAGCAAUGCAGAUAUGUGAAGUUACGUCUUAGUAGGCCUAAAGACCCUCGCCCUGACCUGUUUCCAAAUGACGUUUGACUAUCACUGAGAUGCGUUCAUGAAUAGGCCUAAUCCCUUUCUCCCUCAUGGUAGCGUAUAAAAUUACACAACAUGUUGGUGUAAUGCUGGAUUUUGUCCAGAGCUGAUGAGCACGGAUAUUAAUAGUGAUAAUGAAACGUUGAUGUUAUGUUACAUUCUCAUACAUUUAACCAGGCCUUACCAGAUUUGUUUAACCUGGAUUUCUCAAUGUAAUCACACUGCUGCAGGUUUUUCACAGUGUGUUUUUUAGCCAAGUGAGUCCUCUCGAUGCUUUAGACGCAUCAAGAAUCGCUCAACAAUGGCUAUACAUGUGUUUUUCUGUAUUAAGAAAGUAAAGUGUGAAACUUCCACUUCAGUGUCUAUUAGCAUUCCAACAGUCAUUGUUUAAGCAAUGUCACAAGAGCUGUGAUUUACCAUUGUGAGUGUGAUAAUGUUUUUAUAACGGUUAAAGUCUGUGUGAAUCGAAAGUUGUGAAAGAUUGUGACUUAUUUCGCGCAUCAAGGUUGUAAGGUUACUGUACAAGAGGAAGGAGGGUUGAGGUUUGAGCAGAUGUUUACAUUUUAAAAUUUUAUUUUAAUUUUAUUUUAAUGGACUGGUGCUAAGAGAGUGCUACGGCACUUUGUAUUUCAUUGCUGUGGUAUUCUGUACUAAUAUGCAUAUGACAAUAAACUUGAACUGAA